CAGAUUAAAGUUUUUACUUGAAGUGGUUGCUCGUUGUAUUGUUAUCUGAGAUCUAAUCGUCACGUUAUAAGUCAAGGUUCGCAGUAAAAAAAAAGUCAUAUCGUUUGUCAGCUGCCUUUGAAGCUUAAAGGAGGCGUGUCCAUUAUCUUCAGAUACGUCUAUACAUUGUGAUCAGUAUCUUCAGCAGAGAGAUGAAGCUGGCAUCUCUUCUUGUAGUGGCGGCCAUUGUGCUGGCCACAUCAGCCACGCCUCUGGAUGAUUAUGUCAACACAUUUGACCCCCACUACACGUACCGUUUUCUCAAGAAAAUUGACGGGCCUAACUACUCGCUCCACAUUCUCAACAUGACGUCACAGAAAUGGCUGACAGAGCAGGUACUCACAAGGCCGAUAUGGUGGCACUACCUGAGUGUCAUCAUCCCCAAGGACAUCGUGUACAGGGACACGGCGUUCUUAUGGAUUGACGGGGGAGGUAACAAUGAUGGUAUACCAACAGAGAAAGACGAGUUUGUGGCUGGAAUCACAGCCUUCUCUGUGGCUACCGGCGCCAUUGCUGCCACCAUCAAACAAAUACCCAACCAGCCAAUCACCUUCUUUGCUGACCCCACUAAAAAAAGUAGAUCCGAGGAUGCGGUCAUCGCUUGGACGUGGAAAACUUUUCUGGCCAACGGAUCUAACCCGGAAGUACUCCUUCGUUUACCUAUGACUAAGGCUGUCGUCCGAGGGUUUGAUACCAUGGCCAGUUACUCCAAGAUCGAAGCUGGAGUGGACCUUACCAAGUACGUAGUGGGCGGGGCCUCUAAGCGAGGCUGGACCACAUGGACGACCGCUGCCGUGGACAAGAGAGUUGUCGGCAUGGUGCCAGUCGUCAUGGACUUGCUCAACACACAGAAGAACCUCCACCACCACUACCGCUCCCUGGGAGGGUGGACGUUUGCUUUUGGUGACUACUACACCCUGAACGUGACACGUGACCUGGACUCACCCAACAUGCCCAAGAUGCUGGCAGUCAUCGAUCCACUCACCUACAAAGACAGGUACACCUUCCCUAAGAUGAUCGUCAGUACCUCAGGUGACGAGUUUUUCCUACCUGACGACUCACACUAUUACUUUGAUCAACUUAUUGGACCCAAGUACCUCAGGAUUACACCAAACGCCGAACACUCCCUGAUUGGUCACUUCCUGAGCACAGUCCUGGCCAUGCAGGCGUUUUUCCUGAACAUCGUGGAGAACGUGCCCUACCCAGCGGUCAACUGGACCCUCAGCCAGAACUCUACGGCUGGCUCCAUCGAGGUCCACACCUCCGUCCCUCCCACGCAGGUCACCGUCUUUCACGCCAAGACCUUGGAUGGCAAAAGACGUGACUUCCGCCUGGUCAUCGCCGACCCGAACACAGGCAAGGCCCUGGUCCACCCUGUCCUGUGGUUCAGCCGCUCGGCCACCCAAGUCUCCCCCACCCACUACAUCGGCGAGGUCCUCAAGCCACAGGUGGGCUGGGCUGCCUUCUUCAUACAGCUCCACUUUGAAGGGGUCAAAGGUUCCACCCUCGAGUUCACCACAGAGAUGAACAUAGUGCCAGACAUCUUCCCCUACUCUGACUGCUCCGGCGAGGCGUGCCACGGGUCUUUAGUGUAAACAGGCAUCACUUCUGUCUUUCAUUACUCCACCCCAUUGCCCCACCCUCAUUGCCCCACCCCCACUACCUCACUACCCACCCCACAACACC